UAAUAACGGAAAAAUUUUUAUAAUAUCUCACGUAAAUUCUGAAUAUAUCUGUACAGAAAAUUUCUUAAUCGAGCUUAAUCGAUUUUGAUCGGAAAACAACUUCAAAGUUGUAAGAUCCGAGUGGAAAUUUUAAAAAAUGUUAUAUUAAAAAUUACACGUAAAUUAUUCAUUAAAAUUGGAUCAUUGGGGCGUUUUUAAAUUACAGAAUAUUAAACGUGUUAACACAAUUUUGUGAAACAUGUUCAGAAAGAAAUGGAUUCGCAAAAGGAGUUCUAUCAAGGAUAGCGAUUUUUUUGCUUUAAGUCUUCGUAUUGCAUCGAUCAGGAAGAAACGGCCAUCGGAUGAUUUAAUCAAUGGAGAUGCACCUAUAGUGUGGGAAAGAAUGUCGAACGGUUACAGAAUCAUUGAUCUUCAGUUACACAAAUUUAUGCAGGCGUUGCAUUUUGUACUAGUACAUCGCUGACCGAAAUACAGUUUAUUACAGUUUAAAAGAUGAUAGAUAUUUUUUAGAUAUUUUUAGAAUAUCUAUAAAUUUCCAUACAAUCGUUUUAUCAUUUAAAUUCUAUUCUCUAUCAUAGACAGAAAUAAUUAUGUUUAAUUAUUGUAAAACAUUUGAGGGAGCAUUUCAAAGGUAUUAUUCACGAUGAUUCAAAUUGACAAAUAUAUUGAAAUUAAACAUGUUUCAGGCUUACUACUCUAAUUCGGAACCAUUGUUCAAAGCUAUCAAAUUGUAUGACGAUGCAACGUCUAUGAAGACGUUCAUGAACAUGGUAUUCAAACAGAUGGAAGGCAUGAUUGGUUUCUGUGCAAUUAGGGAAGGAACCAACGAACUCGUCGGUGUGCUUAUUGCUUCUGUAUUCAAAAAAUUUAAUUGGAUAAUUAAGAAAGGGCAAGGAGAGACACUGUAUCACGUGAUGAACUUGAAAAACUUCGCUUUUACCAAAUCUCGAUUCGUAGAAUCGAUAUAUAUAAAUAAAUCUGUGCACAUUGAUAUCAUUUGUGUAAAGCCUGAUCAUCAAAAGCGUGGCAUUGGUACCGCGUUACUUCGCUCUUGCAUUACUCGAGUGAGUAAUUUUACGUCCAUUGUUUUCGGUCAAUUCACUUCGAGUGCUGCUCAAACGAUCGGUAUAUAUUUCUUUUUAUCUUUCGUAUUUAUCGAUUAAGAUUUAUCAUAUUUAAGAUGAUAAUUGAUAAUAUCCGUAUCGUCGAUUUAUAAAUAAUCCAUAUAUCUUUGAUGUUUACAGCUAAAAGAUUGAAUUUUGAUAUUAUUGGUGAAUUACCAUAUAAGAAUUUAUCCUUGCAGAAUAUUAAAUACGAAAUUUUUGAAAGUUGUUAUCCGGAAAAUUAUUCCAUAGCUCACAUGAUGUUAAAAAUAAUACCAAAAUUAAAAUUAUCGGUUCAUGCCUUAGAAACGAGAACAAUAUCUGAAGAAAAAAUUAAGAUAGAUUUAAAAGAAAAGAUCGACUUCCCAAAAAAAAAGAAAAAGAGAAUACAUGUGGUGUAUUAAAAAUAAAAAUAUAUAUAGGUAUGCAUAUUUAUAUUAUUCAAAUGUCUAAUAUACAUAAUAUUAAUUUUUUUUUUAUCUUGAUGUUUUUAUCGAUAUCAUUUACAUUUCGCUAUUGAAUGUGCUGGCAAACAAUGCUUCAGUGAAGAUAUAGAAAUAUAAUCCUUUCAACUAUAAAUAUAUUAAUAUUACAGAGUAAAAAAUGAAUAAUAUUUUUUUUUUUUAACCUUGUAUGAUGCAAUCAUGCGAUUAUGAAUGUAAAAUUAUAUACAUUUAUACAUA